GACGAUUUGCGCGUCAUUUGUCGUUAAUUAACUUUCCAGCCACAUCUGCAGACGAAAUGCAGGCGCGCACGGGUCAACAAUUACCGCGUCUAAUAUUUAUAGAGGCCGGCCAGGAAAGGGUGGCAUAUGACAGGAACCUUGCAGUUGUUUUACGGAGAGUUUCAGUGAGGUUGGUCAAAAAACAACACUAUGCGCACAGCUGCUGGCAGUUCAUCAAAUACAUUUAAAGAUAACGUAUGCUGCGUUAUGAAACAGAGGCAACCCCCCGGUCCUCUUGCAACCCUCUCACUACGCGGUCGCCGGCUUGUACAGCAUCCUCUGGUGAAUAUGCUAACUGCAUUGCCGCACAUCAAGGCAGCGUUUCUUAUCCAGGUCGCGCUGGGCUUUGUAACGAUUUUCGUUCACGACCGGUCGGACACUGCUGGAUUGGCGCUCUUUGCGUUAGCUGACGAGAUUGCUAUAGUUGCACUCGGGAUGAUGAACCAGUUAAUGGUGCCCUUCAUCGUUGACUUUCCGCGUCUCGUCGAGAAGGCUGUGCCUGUUCUAGUCAUGCUGGAGGCUACAGGAAAGCCGCACCACCAAGCUACCGUCUCCAGCGCCUUGUCGGUAGGCCGACUGCUCUUCCUCCUCACCGUGGGGCUUUGCUUUGCAGAAGUGGUGGCUCUACUUGGCGUGCCUCUCCUCACCUAUGAUUCUUUCUUCCAAUUCUGGCCUCCGGCUGACGGCAGAAUUUGGCUGUUUGCAGCCAAGUACGCGCUGCAGGCAUACGCGUUUUUGCCUAGUACGGUGUGCGUGUGCGUGCUGCAGAUGUGCCACGCCGCAGGUGUGACUGCAUUGACCGCCGCUUUCCGUCUGCUGCACGAACUUUUGCUUGAAGUCGACUCCAGGUGUGACGUAUCAGAAGUCCGGCAGCUCUGCAAGUUGCACAGUCAGCUGACAUCGUUGAGCAAAGACCUCAACCACGUGUUUCGUCGCUUUCUUCUCGUCAUCUUCUGGGCGGGGGGCUCCACGUCAAUGCUGAGUGCGGUGCGUCUGGCUGUGCGCGGUAGCGACACUCUCAGCCUCAUCUUCAUCGUCGUGGCCCCCGUCAGUUACUUCUACCUGUGUCUCUUGGGUGACUCUCUGGCCCAUGCCAGCGGUGGCCUUGCGAAAGCCGCGUACCACUGUGACUGGGUCGCCUUGCCGCCCAAAACACGCCAAAUGUUGUUGAUGGUUGCAGUGCGCUCUUCUAAGCCACAGCAGUCAACUAAAUUUUCCCGACCGGGCCCCAGGCGAAAAGGGUAUCUUUUGGGGCCCUUGAAGGCAAAAAGGUGUUUACUAUCCGAGCAGGACUUCGUUCUACCAUCGCUAGAAGUGUUUGGAGAUUGCUGCAACAAAUAUCUUGAAAUGUAUAGGCAAGCACUCCUCAAGAGUCCUAAUGGACAGAGUUUCCUGAAAGAUACUUUAGAAACAUUCGAUCAAAAUCCUCAAGAAGGGUGUACAGAAUGCAAAAUUGACAGUUUUCAUGCCACUAUUUCUGAACUUGAACUGAAAUAUAACAAGUACAAGUCCCUUCUUUCAUCUGUAACUAGUCCUAGCAAAUAA